AUGGGCAAGUGUACACUCCGGGCCUGGCCAUUGUGGACGCCCCACAGCCCAAUACGCCGCUCGGCGGAGGCAAGCCGACCCAAACCCCCCCCUGGAAAAAAAGUCUCCACGCGACUGACCAGCGCAGAUAAUCUUCAAAUCGCAAUUGACGUGUCUGGUAAUGGCAAACUACCGUGGCCACCAUCGACACAGCCCAAUGCUGACACGCUCUUCCACAACAUCACUCUGUUCCUAACGUCGGAGACCCUGUCGCAUAACUUCACCAUCUCGAAUGGUACAAAGCCGUCGAAUAACUCGAGCUAUGUUGGCCCUGUGCUUGAGCUCGAAUCAUCUUCCACAGUCAAACAUGUCAAUUGGGUGUGGCCCGAGUGUUUGGUUGGCAACGGGGAUGGGGAUGGCGACUCGGCCCGAGGCGCGUAUAACAUCUCGAUGCACCAGUCCUUCCGCUGGAAUGGGACCGACUACUAUACCGUGUUUGACUUGCCCAUCUCCGUGACAAAUAGUAUCUCUCGGAGUUCGGAUCGAUCGGAGUGCGCGCAGCUAGAGAACAAGUUACUCAGUGCGGCGGAGGAGAGCGAGAGCAGCGACACGCUGCCUAGCCAGCCUUGGGUGCAAAGUGGAGCAAGCACCACGAGUUCGAGUAGCUCCAGUGAAACGAGCAAGUCAAGUGCAACGAAGCGAGUCGGUAGACCACGGAUGGCCUGGUGGAUUGUCGCUGUGUUGACUUCUCCAUUGCUACUGGGGUGA